UGGUGGAGACAUUAUUGUUGCAUUGAUGUAUUCAUGUCUUCAAGAGUACGUGUCCUUGGAUUAUAUAGAAGGUUGUUGAGGCUUCAUCAGAAGUUGCCAAGUGAUUUAUCAACCCUUGGGACUGCCUACGUGCAAUCAGAAUUUAAAAUUCACCGUCUGGUGAAGGAUGAGAUGCAGAUAAAGGAAUUUAUGAAAGAAUGGGAGAGUUUUGAAGAAAUAAUGAUCAAGCAGUUAUCGCCUACUGAUUAUAAAAGGCACGGGUUUGGUCUACAUUUAGAACGAACAAUUAAAGAUCAUCUCUCCGAACAGCAAUGGGGCCAAUUAGCAGAACUAUACUAUGAGACAAAAAAAUUUAAAUAAAAUUUUGUUGAAUAACAUCUUUUAGAUAGAUAA